AUGGCGCCUACAAAAAGAAUCGGGAAAGACUCAACGAACUUCUGGAUCUACGAGCCCGACAGCGGCACCAUCGAUCUCUCCCGCGGAUCGCGCUCAAAGCAGCUUAUCAACCUCGAAACAACAACACAGACGACCCAGAUUGAUACAGAGAAGAGCGCACUAUUGCUCAUUGAUCUGCAAAAUUUCUUUUUAAACCCAGCUGUGCGACCACGAGUCGGAGACAAGCCUACCCCUGCAGAAGCAGCUACGCGGGCGCUCCUUAGCGCAGGAAUUCCAGCUGCUCGGCAUCACGGCAUACGAGUUAUCUGGCUCUGCUGGGGCUUGACGGAGGAUGAUCUGAUAAGUAUGCCACCAGCGGCUAUCCGCAGCUUCGGUUGUUACGAGACUUCUCCAGCCGGGAAAAAUCAUGUUGGAGAGAAACGCCUUCUCCCAUCAGCACCGAACAUGAUUCGAACCAAGAACCCCGCACUCUACAAGGGCCUCGGAGUAGACCUCGGGAGUGUGGAGCUUAGUGAUAACAACAGGGUUCCAGGAGGCCGAGUUCUCAUGCGUGAUUCCUGGAACGCUGCACUUUUCGAUCCCUUCAACGAGGAGUACAAUUCCAGCCAGGAUAUGCCCCACGAUAACGCGCGAUCAAAGCCCGACGUUCUAUUUCAUAAGAACCGCAUGUCUGGGCUAUGGGGAUCUGGCUCGGAACUGGAGAGCUUCCUGCAACAAGAGGGGAUAACUACGCUUCUUUUUGGUGGGGUAAAUACCGAUCAAUGCGUUGGAAGCACGUUGACCGAUGCGUUCAGCAAAGGCUACGAUUGUAUUCUAUUGCGGGAUGGAGUUGGAACGAGCACGCCCUUUGGUGCGAGUGAGGUUUGGGAAUGGAACGUCAUGAAUUGUUGGGGAUUUGUUUCCACCUGUGACGCUUUGAAGAAUGCGUCGACAUAUUAG